UCAAAAAUUCCCAUUUUAUUCAAAUUUCCAUCCUAUGCUGAAAACCCUCCUAUUAACAGCGCCACUCACUUUUUAUUUCAGGGAAGCCCAUCGUAUCAGUAAAUUGUUCCGGCUUAAUUAUUGUAAGUUUUGGUGAUAAUAUCACCUGCCUAUGUGAAGAAAAAGGUGGAUUUCCUCCAGCUAAUGUAACAUGGUAUAAAGAUAACACGCAGACUGGAGCCAUAAAAAAAGAACAAAAUGCACUUACUCUCUAUGAUAUGGAUACAAAUAAGAGUGGAAAAUACAAAUGCGUUGCACAAAGCCACAAUCUUUCAGAUGAAAUAACAGUGGAAGCUCGUUUUUACGAAAAAGCUAUCUUAUCAGUCAAUUGUUCCAGCAUAAUUUUACUAACUGCUGGAGAUAAUGUAACGUGUCUCUGCGAAGGAAAAGGUGGAUUUCCUCAAGCGAGUGUGUCAUGGUAUAAAAAUGGCAGGCAGAUUGGAGACAUAAAAAAAGAGCAAAAUGGACUUAUCCUGAAAAAUAUUGACAGAACUGAUGUUGGAAUAUACAAAUGCGUUGGAAAAAGCCUCUAUUAUACGGAAGAAAAAACAUUCGAAGCACGUUUGUGUGAAAAAUCACUACUCUGGAAGUCAAAUAAUCGAACAAAAUGGUAUAUUUUUUUCACCAUCGCCUUGGCUGGGAUUGUCGUUGGUAUUUUCAUUGCACACGUUCUGUUGUGUUCCCAUCGUCGCUGUUUAAGAAGAAAGCCAAUAGUUGUUCAAAAUGCUGAAAACCAACACACAUAUGACGAUGUUAAUCUCCAAGAGUUUGUUUUUGACACAAAUAGUUUAGCAGACGGCUACGAGCCAGUAGAGACCGCUGCAAACAAUCAAAAUAUUUCGGCUUAUACUGGGCUGAGCGUUGCAAGAGAUCGAGUAAACACAUAUCAGUCUUUAGUCUAACUAAACUCCCUUGUGAUGAUAAUGCAUGUUAGGGUCUUAUAUAAAAACUCAUUUUAAGCAAAUAUCUCCAUGUCGAGAAACGCUAAGAG